UAGCAUAGCAAGCAACGGAUUUUGGGAGGAGACUUUAAUAGAAAAUCAGAAAAUUGCGUCGUAAGAGACGGUUCUCUGUGACUGCACAGUAUCAUUACUCCCGAUUUAUGCAGUAAUUCGCCUUGCUGCAUCAUUUAGCAUCCCGGCAACUGAGGGACGAGGUGUUGGUGAGGAGCUAAUUAGCGAUUGAUGUUAGCAGUUUGCUAACAUCCCAUUUAACACCAUCCUCAUCAGCUAACAAAUCCUCUGCGAGAAUCAAGUAGACCAGCGAGACACCUACCGCAAAACAACGCAAAAGCUCUCGCUUAGCCUGCAAGCUAUCCCUAAAUAGUUGGUUUGGGUGGCUUUUAUUAAGUCAACUUGACCGCAAAGGAAGGGUGUCAGUGCUAAACCACUGAUUACAAUACCUUACUCCCUCAAACCUCAUCUCCUCUACUCCCUGUUUCUCUACCCGAAACACUGGAAAUCCACAAGCGGCCGGAAAACGGCGAAGGGCCAGGGAAGCUGGGGGUGAUACCGGACUCGCACAUUAUCGGAGCCCCGGCAGAGAGGCACAGUCGUGGGGACGUAACGGCGACCAUGGACGGGCUGGCGGUGGAGGUGCGCGGUUCCAACGGGGCCUUCUAUAAGGGAUUUAUCAAGGAUGUACAUGAAGACUCCCUCACAAUAGUGUUCGAAAACAACUGGCAGCCAGAGAGACAGCUGCCUUUCAGUGACGUGCGACUCCCGCCCCCAGCAGACUAUCACAAGGACAUCGGCGAGGGAGACGAGGUGGAGGUGUAUUCCCGAGCCAACGAGCAAGAACCCUGCGGCUGGUGGUUAGCGAGAGUGAGGAUGAUGAAGGGCGAGUUCUACGUGAUCGAAUAUGCAGCGUGCGACGCCACGUACAACGAGAUCGUCACGUCAGAACGAAUUCGACCAGUGAACCCCAACAGUCCCUCCUCCCGAAAUUCGUUCUACAAAAUCCCUAUCCCAGUGCCAGAAGAUCUCCGAGACAUCUGCUUGAACGACAACUUACACAAAGACUUCAGAAAAGCAAUCGGAGCCAACUGUAUCUUCUACAACACUUCUUCACACGAACUUAUAGUGCUGUCCACGAACGAGUCCACAGUAAAACGCGCCACCCUGCUCAGCGACAUGCAUUUCCGCAGUAUCCGCACCAAACUAAUGCUCAUGACCCGAAACGAAGAGGCAACCAAACAUCUAGAGACGAGUAAGCAGCUGGCGUCGGCCUAUCAGGAGGAAGUGAAGGUGAGAGAGGAUCUGAUGGGCUUGGCCAUCGGUUCCCAUGGCGCCAACAUCCAACAGGCCAGAAAAGUCCCCGGUGUCACCGCCAUCGAACUCGAAGAAGAGAGCUGCACUUUCAGAAUCUACGGAGAGACCCCAGAAGCAGUGAAACAGGCCAGAGUGUAUCUGGAGUUCAAAGAGGACUCUUUCCAGGUGCCCAGAAACCUUGUCGGCAAAGUUAUUGGCAAAAGCGGUAAAAUCAUCCAGGAGAUCGUGGACAAAUCGGGAGUGGUGAGGGUUCGAAUCGAGGGCGACAACGACAAGAAGAUUCCACGGGAGGAGGUAGGCAGUCAGACAACCAACAGAGACAAGGCUGUCUGCAGCCAAGAGGGUAUGGUUCCUUUCAUCUUUGUUGGUACCAAGGAGAACAUCAGCAAUGCCCAGGCCCUGCUCGAGUAUCAUGUGGCCUACCUGCAAGAGGUGGAGCAGCUGCGGAUGGAGAGACUACAGAUCGACGAGCAACUCCGUCAGAUCGGCCUGGGCUAUCGCGCCCCCCCAAGCAGGACGGGCACCGGGGGUCCCAGCGACCGGGAACGAGGCUACCUGACAGACGAAAGCAGCAACUCCCUCCACACCUCCCGCACCUACGGCGGCAGGGGCCGCGGCGGUCGCAGAGCCUCCAACAGUCAAUACUCCGGCUAUGGAACAAACUCGGAGAUGUCCAACGCCUCAGAGACGGAGGAGAUGGUGGAGAGAGAACCCCGCCCCAGGGGCGUGGGUGGAGACGAGAGGGGAUCUCGACGUGGAGGCCGGGGACGUGGCUCCAGCGCAGGCAGGGGCCGCGGAGGCCCCGGGCCUCGCCCCUCAAACACCAUCAGCUCAGUACUGAGGGAUCCCGACAGUAACCCCUACUCUCUGCUGGAGGGAGAGGGCGAGAUCGGAGGUGACACAGACGCCAGUGAGUCCGUGGGCGGGAACGACCGCCGAAGACGUUCACGCCGUCGCCGUAACGACCAGGAACCCAGCGUGAUGGACGCCGCCGCCAACGAAUCGGACAGCCAGGCAGCCGCCAGCGAGAAUGGAUUGGAGGAAGAGAGCAGGCCCCAGCGCCGCAACCGAAGCCGCCGCCGCCGCAACCGUGGCAACCGUCCUGAGGGAGGGUCCGCCAGCCGCGACCGACAGCCAGUGACCGUGGCAGACUUCAUCUCCCGGCCAGAGUCUCAGAGCCGACAGAACCUUCCGGUGAAGAAAGAAGACACACAGCAAGCCUCCCAUCCUAAGGAGAAUGGCAUCAAGAAGGAAGACCGCGCCUCCUCCAAGCGUUCCCCCAGCAACGGCAUGGCCGCGCCCGGGGAGGCGGUGACUCUCGUGAAUGGCGUGUCAUAAAAGCCGCCGCCUCGAGACGCACGUCUAGAGCAAAGACAUCACGGCGAAUUCUGUCCCUGCUUGCAUUUACAUAAACCUUUAAAAACAGAUGAGCGAAAUACGACUAAAAAUACCCGAAUUCAU